AUGGCACGCUCCUACGUCACCAGUUUUGCACUGCUGCUGUUGCUGAUGCGCACAUCCACAGGCCUGCCGGUGCGCACUCCGAAUGCGCAGACGUGCGCGCAGUGCUCCGCGCUCUUUCAGGCGCUCCUGCACAACUUCGCAAAGCUUCUCAAGAGUGACCAGUUGUGUUUUGGCAUCCCGUCUGACGGAAUGAUGCUGCGCAGUCAAAGUGACACAGUGACGACCUGCACACCCACUGUGGUCCAGAAUUUAAGUUGCAUGGUACAAAGGAAUUCAUCUUUCAAUGAGACGGAGUGUCUGGGGAACAUCAUGAAGGACUUGGUAUUCUAUGAAUCUGCUCUUCAGUCUUACCUCACCUUCCCACUCAGAAAUCCUGAGGAUGAGACUGCACUUCUUCGCCCAGCACUGGCACUCAUGCAGGGCCUGAAGAGAUGUUCCCUGAUGCCAGAGGAACAGUCUUCAGAGAACAUGGCCCACGUGUGGGGAACCAGUAGCUUCAGUAACAGGCAGCAGAUGUGUAAGCUGGUCAGAGGCUUCCACACUCGGAUCAUCACCAUCAACAGAGCUGUGAGCUACAUCUCAUCAGCAGACCACAGGCGCUAAACCUCAAACCUUCAUCCCACGACUGACCGGGCUGUGCACAUGCAUACAUACAUAC